CUCUCCGGUGGCUUCUCCCGUUAGCAGCUGUUUCGGGUUGUCAUGAGAGGCUUGGGGCCAAGCUUGAGGGCUCGGCGCCUGCUCCCACUGCGGUACCCGCCGCGGCCUCCGGGGCCUCGGGGACCUAGGCUGUGCAGCGGGCUCACGGCUAGCGCCAUGGACGAGCUGCUACGGCGAGCCGUGCCACCCACGCCGGCCUACGAGCUGCGCGAGAAGACGCCGGCCCCGGCCGAGGGGCAGUGCGCGGACUUCGUGAGCUUUUACGGCGGCCUGGCCGAGGCGGCCCAGCGCGCCGAGCUGCUCGGCCGCCUGGCUCAGGGCUUCGGCGUGGAUCACGGCCAGGUAGCGGAGCAGAGCGCCGGAGUGCUGCAGCUGCGCCAGCAGUCGCGCGAGGCGGCCGUGCUGCUGCAGGCAGAGGACCGGCUACGCUAUGCCCUCGUGCCGCGAUACCGUGGCCUCUUCCACCACAUCAGUAAGCUGGACGGCGGCGUGCGCUUCCUGGUACAGCUGCGGGCCGAUCUGUUGGAGGCGCAGGCCCUCAAGCUGGUGGAAGGGCCGCACGUCCGGGAAAUGAACGGAGUGCUAAAAAGCAUGCUGUCCGAGUGGUUCUCCUCUGGCUUCCUGAACCUGGAGCGGGUCACCUGGCACUCGCCCUGUGAGGUGCUUCAGAAGAUCAGCGAGUGUGAGGCUGUGCACCCUGUGAAAAACUGGAUGGACAUGAAGCGGCGUGUGGGGCCAUACCGGAGGUGUUACUUCUUCUCCCACUGCUCCACCCCCGGGGACCCCCUGGUUGUUCUGCAUGUGGCUCUGACCGGUGACAUUUCCAACAACAUCCAGAGCAUUGUGAAAGAGUGCCCUCCGUCUGAAACAGAGGAGAAGAACCGGAUCGCUGCUGCUGUCUUCUACUCCAUCAGCCUGACCCAGCAGGGCCUGCAGGGCGUGGAGCUCGGCACCUUCCUCAUAAAGCGAGUGGUCAAGGAGCUGCAGAAGGAGUUUCCUCAUCUGGGGGCCUUUUCCAGCCUGUCACCUAUACCCGGAUUCACCAAGUGGCUGCUGGGCCUUCUGAAUGUGCAGGGAAAGGAGUAUGGGAGGAACGAGCUGUUCACAGACUCAGAGUGCAAAGAAAUCGCAGAGGUCACGGGCGACCCUGUUCACGAGAGCCUCAAGGGUCUCCUGAGCAGUGGUGAGUGGGCGAAGUCUGAGAAGCUGGCACAGGCACUGCAGGGGCCACUGAUGAGACUGUGUGCCUGGUACCUUUACGGUGAGAAGCACCGAGGCUACGCCCUCAAUCCAGUGGCCAACUUCCACCUGCAGAACGGGGCUGUGAUGUGGCGUAUCAACUGGAUGGCUGACAGCAGCCUCAAAGGCCUCACCAGCUCGUGCGGCCUCAUGGUCAACUACCGUUACUACCUGGAGGAGACCGGCCCCAACAGCAUCUCCUACCUGGGCUCCAAGAACAUCAAAGCUUCCGAGCAGAUCCUCAGCCUGGUAGCCCAGUUCCAGAGCAACAGCAAACUCUAGGGACAUCCUGCCCAGCGCUUGGCCCUGCUCAGAAAGGAGGCUGUAUUCUGAUGGGCCAGCGCUGCUCACCACAGCAACCACUCAGGAGGCCACACCUCAGCUGUCACUGUGCUGGCGGACUCACUGGUUGGAGGUGGUGGUGGGGUGGGUACACGUGCCCUGAGGAUGUCACUGUGCUUCUCCAGAAGCCCUUGCUGCUGCCCCACAGCCUGUGCCUUCAGAAAGCUCUACAGAUGCAGCCACAGGCCGCCCAGGACGGAGCCCAGAGCACAGACCCUGUAGAGUACAGAGAGCUGGCAGUCAUGUCCUCUAUUCGGGAGAGGGCUAAGGUCUGUGCCGUGGCUGCUACCACAGCUUAAGCUCAGACUAGGGAGACCUUGUGGUGUGCACAGGGUGUGAUCUGCAACCCAGGGAUGCUGCUACUUGAGGCCAGAAUAGGCUCGUAGGGUUUAAAUGAGAUCCCAGUUCAUAAUGAACUGAACAGUAAAGAACAAAUUUGUUCUGUAAACAUUAAACAUGAUUGUUCACUGUA